UUUUACAGUACCUAAGUUAUAUUUUUUUCACAAAACGAGUUACAAACAUAUGCCUAUACCUAAACCUUACUUUUUACAUUCUUAUAUUUUAUUUGACAAUAUACAUACAUAAAAGAUGUGUUAGUUUUAAAAACCACAGAAAAUAGAAUCAGCUGACUUUAGUAAACCAUUUCAAUUGGUGCUCCCUUUAUUUCAAUUGAUACCAAACACUGCACAAGGCAUUACAUUGUCCACAUCCACGGUUUUAGCACACCCUUCAAGUGCUUCAAGUGUCAAGUGUCAAUACUUAGUGUGACGUCAUAGACGCAUGGUAUCCCAGCAGACCUCGUCAUCGGGUUCAUCACACGGCCGCGGGCCACGCUCUCUCUCCGUCAGGUGCGAUGUGUGACGUCACGCGACAUGAUGUCCCGCAGACCUCACGAGGCCGAGAGCCGCGGGCCGCGCUCCGCUAGGUGAAGCGUAUGACGUCACACCACAUGAGCCUGCUGCAUGGUGUCCUAGCAGCCUCGCGAGACCGCGGCGGCCCAGGAUCCCUCUCACUUGGUGCCAUGUGUGACAUCACGCGACAUGAGCCAGCCACAUCCACAUGGUGUCCCAGCAGACCUCACGAGGCCGUGGGCCACGGGCCGCGUUCCGCCAGGUGAAGUGUGUGACGUCACGCGACAUGAGCUAGGCGCUAGGGUGUCCCAGCAGACCUCACGAGGCCGUGGGCUACGGGCCUGCCAGGUGAAGUGUGUGACGUCACACAACAUGAGCCAGCUGCAUGGUGUCCCAGAUGACUUCGUCGUCGGGCUCGCUGGGCCGCGGGCCGCGCUCUUUCUCCUCCAUCGCCAGUUAAACUCCUUAAUGUCGAUAGCCACGACCGUCUCUGGCAUCGUCUGGGUCGCCAAGUUCGUGGAGUCAGAGAAGCAUAAUCCGAAACCCCAGCACCCCCCAGAGCAGGUGUCGGCGAGCGCGCUGGGCAUCUACAUCACGUGCGCAAUCUACCUGUGCCUGUACUUGUAUUACUUCGUCAUCAGUCUGCUGGUCAUCGUGGGCGUGCAUAGGAAUAAACCCCACCUGCUCACGUACUAUGUGAACACGGUGUUGUUCAUGUUAAUAGUAGUUGCCGCACUAAUUGUCGUCACUGUCGUCUUUUUGGGCGUCAUCGCUGCGAUACCGUUACUCUUCUUUAGUGUGAUCGUGUUUUACUGCCUACUGGUGGUCAGAAGCGCUUAUCUCGAGAUGGUGGAACAGAAUCGACCGAAAGUGUACGAAAUGCAUAACAUCAGCCCUCAACAAGCACCGCUGAUGGCGUAGCGUUGCGUACCGUAGGUGUUGCGAAGAUGAAGCCCUCUAAUUCUAGUUCUCUACAAAAUUCGACACUUGCCAACGGACAGCAUACUGUUCUGUCUGUACAGGCUAUAUACUGUUUUAGGGUGAGAGCUCAACUCUCGAUUUUUUUCACUCGAACGUAAUUUUAACUACAUAAUUUAAUUUUUAAGUAUUAAAUAAGGUGCAUUAGGGUAAUUUUGAAAGUCGUCUAAUUUCGAAAGUCGUAUAAAAACCACCAUUAUUUCCGUCAUAUCAAGAUUCCCCUUUCGAAAUUACCCGAGCAUUUCUGUGAUUCGAAAUUACCCUAAUGCAUCUAUUAUUUAGAAGUGUGGUGUGGUAACUUGGUAAGAUAAUCAUGAAGAUUAUAUUAUGGUCGGAAUUAAAACACGAAAUAAAAAAUAAUGUCUAAAUA